AUGACGCCUCAUUCCAAAAGCGCAAAUGACUGUAACAUCACGACAAAGUGCAGAUGUGGUAUUGUCGCUUCCCAGGCUAUGACCAAGGUCGAACUUUUAACUACUAUAUCUAGAGGUUCUGAUGUUAGAGGUUCUGAUAUUGGCAAGGCAGCUGUUACAGUGCCCAUCCCUCAUAUGUGCUCCCAACAAUCUAUGAUGUAUAUGGCGAGUUGGAGAAUUGUAGAAGCCCAGGAUGAGACCCUGACACAAAUUCUGCAGUAUUUAACCAUGGGGUGCCAGAAUUUCAGCUGUUGUGAGACAAAAGAGGAGUCAUUUAGUGGUGACUUGAUCUCAAUGUUUGCUGGAAACCGCGAGGACGAUAACGCAAUGGAGGAAGACUGGAGGAGUGGCGCACUCGUUGUUUAUUUUAUUUUUAUGCCUCCAGUUAUUCAAUUGAAAUACCUGGCUCCAGUUACGUUUGGGCCUUCGCCCAUUGACCCAGCUCUACAUCGAACCUCACCGUCACGGACUCGGGACCUCCCAAAUUUCGAGUCUGCGUCCGCCUACUCCCUGCCACCCUCUGCCAGUCAUCUAUCCCGUCCACCAUCACCUUCAACAGAGUCGUCAAGCCCAAAUUUGCGUCCACAACACCAAUCCAAACGUGACAGGAAUCUCAGCUACUCAGCUUCUCUUCCUGGCCUCUCAACGCUAGCAUCAGUUGCAUCUGCCCCAAGUUCUCAUUUACGGUACGUUUUGCUCCUGGCAGCCACGGGCGUCGGUAUUGGGACGAAUCGGGCAGCCUUAGAUGCGCCUAAAUUAAAACCCAUACAGCCCGCAGAGAUCGCCUACGAGACGAAGGACAAGGCUAGCAGCAACCAGAAUGCCAUCCGGAACAUGAGUUAUGCAACCUCUUCGCCAGGAGCCACCACCGGGGGUCAAGGGAAUACUCCGCCCGUUUGUCAAAAUUGUGGUACUUCCACCACCCCCCUUUGGAGGAGAGACGAAUCCGGAUCGGUGCUAUGCAAUGCCUGUGGUCUUUUCCUCAAACUCCACGGUCGACCUCGUCCGAUAAGCCUUAAAACUGAUGUGAUCAAAAGUCGAAAUCGCGUCAAAACCUCGGGACAGGGACCAAAAAGAAAAACAAAUAUUGAUACCAAUGGCCUUGCUGGUUCGAGAUCCGAAGCCGGUACUCCCCCAUUAGGUUCCCAUGGCCACCGUCGUGGAUCACGAAAAGGUUCCGCAGGGCCCUCGGAUCGCUCUAAUUCUCCAGUUUCACGAACCAAUACCCCUGGGUUUCAACACCAUUCAAAUAUAGCACCUCAGCACAUGUUCGAUAGUGUUACCCUGUCAGACCACAGUUUCAAUCCGUCUACUGCUGUGCUCCCCUCCUUACAACUACAUAACCCUUCCAUCAGUUCAACAUCCUCCGCAAACGAUCGCCAUUUAGAAGCGCCACAAACCUACGAAGGCCUCCUUGCUGCAAACACUUCUCUGAAAACUCGUAUCAACGAGCUCGAGUUGAUCAAUGAAUUGUUUCGAGGGAAGGGUUGCUGA